AAUCACAAUUUAGUUCCUUGCACAAACUCUAUAUAUAGUAAACUUUAUUUUCUCCUUAUCUUUACAUUCGAAGAAACUGCUGUACUGCAGCUCUGAACAUCUUUCUUACUCAUACUGUAGCAGUCACAAUGGCACCCAUGGUAGCACCGAGAGGACUCAUCUUCCUCUGCCUGCUUCAACUAAGUGUUCAGGCGAAUGUGAACACGGCAGUCCUCACUAAAAUGAUUCAGUAUUUUAACAAUAAUGUUCAACCCAAAACAAAGCCUGAUAUUCAGUAUGCAAUAGCGAUCAGUGUCCCAGAGAAACAGUGCACAGAUGAAACUUCUUCUAUUGAAACUGUGUUCAGCAGAGAAGACGCAGAAAAAGUACAAACAAUUCUCACUAAUGGUCAAACAUGUGAACUUUGUACAAACUCACAGAAUGUAAUUGCUGCAAGGCCAAAAUCCGAUAAGAUCCAUGCCGAGUAUGUUCUGCUGUAUCCUCCGGGCAAUUCUCCUAUGGACAAACUUUUAGAAAAGGCAAAGGACAAUGACUGUGUGGUUUUCUAUACUUACAACUCACCUUGUGUGACAAAAUGCAUUGAUGGUGAGAGGAGCAUUUUGGAGGGCCUUUCAAACUGGAAAAAUAAGCGAAAUCAGGGACUUAAUGUUUUUGUUUUUCAUAUUGUCUGGCAUAAGGAUGUUUGGAGAAGUGACCUAUCAGAGGAAUUCAAAAAGAUUGAUGAGAAAGUUCCCCUUUAUCAAUGUUAUGGAGCUGAACGAAUGAACUGUUUUAAAUGUCGAGUUCAACAAACAACCAGUUAUUGCCUGGAUGUCCAAGAUAAAAAACAAUCACUAAAUUACUUUCUUGAUCUAAUACACUCUUAUCCCGAAUUAGUUGAUUUUGCUAGACAGUUGCUUGGGAACCUAAACCUAACUAAAUAAUUUUAGUUUUGGAACACAUUAAACUAAACAGGUAAGUUGUAUUAACAUAGAACCUUUAGUCGGUGCAGACAAAUCAAGUUGGCAUUAGCAGUCAUUACUAAAAAGCAUUAGUUUACAUUAUGAAAAUAGUAAAUUUUACUUAACAUUUUUGUAGUUCAGUAAACUUAAUUUUAAGUUGAUUUAAUUUGUAAUAUCAAGCUUACAUUAUGAAAAUAUUAAAUUUAACUUAACACUUUUGUAGUUCAGUAAACUUAAUUUUAAGUUGAUUUAAUUUGUAAUAUCAAUUGCUCUGUCCAACAUCUACACUUAUAUAAUUAAGUUAAAAGAUUUUCUAUUUCUAAACUUUUUAACAGAAACACAUAAAAAACUGCAAUUUUGACAUGUAUUGUCAGUUGUGUGGAGAGAAAUACAUUAAAAUGUGCUAGCAGCGUUCAUGUAAGUCAGGGGUCUCAAACUGGCUUGGGGCUUUUCUGAGAUUGACAUUUCAUCGGAGGGCAGCAGGGCUAUUUUAAGGUUAAAAAGUACAAUAUUUCUGUAAAUGUACUGUUUAAAUUCUAUUAAUGUUUAAUAAUACUUGAAAAUGAAUAAGAAGUGUUUUUUAUCUUUUAAAUAUACAUUCUUUAUAAAAGUAAGUAAAUAAUUUAUUAACCUUAUCUUUAAUAACUAAGGCCUAUUAAAACCUUGCACUAAACUAACACACUAAAUUUCUGUAUACAUUUAUAAACUAUUAUAAAAAAAUUACCAUUA